GUGAUUUCAACGCGCGCGUUGGGCGUGAUGCAUCGGUGUGGACAGAUGUUAUCGGUUCGCAUGGCAUUGGUUCAGCGAAUGCGAACGGUGACAGGCUGCUCUCACUGUGUGCCACUCGGCCUGACGAUCACGAACACUCGGUUUGCACUGAGUGCGAGUGAUAUAGCAACUUGGACGCACCCACGGAGUGGUCACGCUCACCUGCUCGACUAUGUCAUCGUACGUCAGCGUGAUAUGCGUGAAGUGCGCAUGACACGUGUACUGCGUGGAGCUGAGUGUGGUACUGGUCACGAGUUGGUGCGUACCAAACUGUACAUAUAUUUUCGUAAAUCGAUGUAUUGCACUCCCGCCGAGAAUCGGCGUAAAUUUAACAUUCUCUCCCUCGGUACUGGAGCGAAACGUACUGAGCUGGAGAAGGCGAUGGCUGCACGCCUGUGUGAUGUGGACUGCAUAGCCACAGUGGGCGACCUGUGGCACCAUAUUCGCGACCAGGUGACAGCUGCUGCCGAGGAGACCAUCGGGCGCGCAAACUGUAAGCGGCCUGAUUGGCUUGAUGACAACAAUGUGACGAUUGGCGCAUUGGUGUCGGAGAAGAAUGCAGCAUUUGCUGCACAUGUGGCAGACCCCAGUGACUUGGGGAAGAGUAGUCAGUUUCGCAAACUUCGACGGCGACUGACCCGAGAGCUCCGUCGCAUUAAAAAUGCAUGGUGGACGGAGAACGCGAAGCAGAUAGAAUGCUACGCCGAACGCCGCCAACACAAGGAAUUCUUUGACUCCUUGAAGGCAGUGUAUGGACCGAGAUUGGAGCCGCUGAGGACACUGAUCGAUGUUAGUUCAGGCGGUACCUGCACUCAGACUACUGACAUGAUGCAGGUCUGGCGGAAACACUUUGACUGUCUCUUGAACAACCGUUCAGAGAUCGACUGGCCUACAUUGAACGGCCUCAAGCAGCACGAUGUGAAGACGUGUCUAGCGGACACGCCGACAUUGGAUGAGACGCAGAGAGCACUUGUUCAGCUGCGAAACGGCAAAUGUGCCGGAGGUGACGGGAUCCCGCCUGAAGUAUUGAAACACGGCGGACCCGCGUUGGUGACUGCGCCACACCACUUGGUGCAACGCGUGUGGAUUGAGGAGGAGGUGCCUGCUGAGCUGAAGGAUGCCCUUGUGCUACCACUGUACAAGGGCAAAGGUAGCAAGCAAUGUUGCACGAAUUAUCGUGGCAUCAACUUGCUGUGUUGUGUGGGUAAGGUGGUUGCCCGAAUCCUGCUCAACCGCUCCCUCAGUCAGGUUGUGGAACCUAACGUGGCGGAAGAGCAAUGUGGAUACCGUUCGGGUCGCAGCACUAUAGAUAUGGUGUUUGCGGCUCGUCAGCUGCAAGAGAAGUGCAGAGAACGACACCUGCCAUUGUACUCGCUUUUUGUUGAUUUCACCAAGGCAUUUGAUACGAUGAACCGCGAGGCAUUGUGGCUGGUGUUGGGUAAGUUUGGUUGCCCGCGUAAGUUUGUAAGUUUAAUUGAAUGUCUGCACAGUGGUAUGCGAGGGAGGAUGCAGCUGAGUGGAGAGACCUCGGAUGACUUUGCAAUUGUCUCUGGUGUGAAGCAAGGCUGUGUCUUAGCUCCUGCCCUGUUUAAUAUAUAUCUUCAU